AUGGAACCUGCCAGCCGGGCCGCGGUCGGCUUUACGCUCUCGCUGCUCUGCAGCUACCUGUGUCGGGCGGUGCUGGCCACUGAGUUCUUCUCCACGCUGGCGCUGUUCAACAACGAGCUCCACAAGCAGGGGUGCAGCUCACUGUCUGACUGGGAAGAGUACGCGACGGACUGCGAAUCAUCCAUUUUGCAACUGGACGACCCCGACUGCGAGGAAGGCAGCAACCCUUCCUGCGAGUCGGUCUUCUCGCUCAACGCUGAGAAAAUUCUUAAACAAGCCAAACUGUUCAUAGAGCAGAAGAAAAUUCCCUUCCCCAUCGAGCAUGUCAGCACAAAUGAGGAACUUGCUAUUGGCUACGUUCUGAUCGGCAACGGCCUCUACGACGAAGCCAUUAAACAUUUCUCGCUCCUGCUGCAGAGCGACCCCGAGCUGGUCAGUGCCAUUUAUGGAAGAGGAAUUGCCUAUGGCAAGAAAAGUCAUCAGGACAUAAAAAAUGCUGACCUGGCGUUGUACGAGCUCACCAGAGUCAUCACGCUGGAGCCCAAUUGGCCUGAAGUGUACGAGCAGAGAGCAGAGAUUUUGUCGCCUCUGGGUCGCAUUAGCGAGGCACUGGCAGACCUGACCAAAGCCAUCCAGCUGCAACCGUCAGCUCGACUAUACAGACACAGAGGAACGCUACUCUUCAUCUCUGAGGACUAUGUGGCAGCCUCAGAUGACUUCCAGCAGUCUCUGGAGUUGAAGAAGAAUCAGCCCAUUGCUAUGCUUUACAAAGGCCUCACCUACUUCCACAGAGGCAUGCUUAAGGAAGCUAUUGAGACAUUCAAAGAGGCGCUGAAGCUCAAGUCUGAUUUUAUAGAUGCGUACAAGAGCUUGGGACAAGCCUACAGAGAAUUAGGCGACUUUGAGGCAGCGAUGGAAAGCUUUCAAAGGGCCCUCAUGCUGAACCAGAACCACAUCCAAUCCCUGCAGCUCCGAGGAAUGAUGCUCUACCACCACGGGUCACUACAGGAGGCCAUUGGUAACUUCAAGCGUUGUCUGCAGCUGGAGCCCUACAACGAGGUGUGCCAAUACAUGAAGGGACUGAGUCACGUAGCAAUGGGGCAGUUCUACGAGGGCAUCAAAGCACAGACCAAAGUUAUGCUAAAUGACCCACUGCUUGGACAGAAGGCCAGCUCCGAGUAUCUUAAAGUCAAAUACCUCCGAGAGUACUCUCGCUACCUGCACUCCCACCUGGACGUCCCGGUCGCUGAGUACAACGUGGACCAGGACUUACCGGGAAACUUCAAAAAUCACUGGGCUAAGAAUCUGCCCUUUCUCAUAGAAGACUACGAGGAACAACCUGGCCUACAGCCGCAUAUCAAGGAUGUGCUGCUGCAGAACUUUGAGUCCUACGGUGGCGACGUCCAGAAGCUGAUCUGCACAGCUGACCAUUUGGGGGCGCUGAUGCAGUACGACACACCAGGCUUCUUGCCAAACAGGCGGAUACACAGAGCUAUGGGCCUGGCGACGUUAGAAGUGAUGCAGGCCAUGCAGCGCACGUGGAGCAACGCCAAAGUUCGCGUUAACGGCAAGACUAGGCAGAUGCAGUGGAGGGACAUGUUUGACAUCGCUGUCAAGUGGAGGAGGAUCGCUGAUCCGGACCAACCGGUUUUGUGGUUAGACCAGAUGCCUGCGAGGAGUCUCAGUCGCGGUUUCAACAAUCACAUCAAUCUCAUCAGGGGCCAGAUUAUCAACAUCAGAUACCUGGCCUACUUUGACAACAUCCUGGACUUCAUCAAAGACAGAAUACUGGUGUACCAUGGAGCAUACAAUCCCAAAGGCCUUGUCGAGGUCCGUCAAGCUCUGGAAAACGUGAAUAAAGUAGAGGACCUUCUUCCAAUAAUGAAGCAGUUUAACAGUAAAACCAGAGAUGGCUUCACGGUCAACUCCAAAGUGCCCAGCAUGAAGGAUCCAGGAAAAGAAUAUGAUGGCUUCACAAUCACCAUCACAGGAGACAGGGUGGGCAACAUGCUGUUUUCAGUGGAGACGCAGACCACAGAGGAGCGUACGCAGCAAUACCAGUCGGAGAUCGAGUCUAUCUACAGGGAACUGACGGCCAAGGGGAAGGUCUUUGUGCUGUCAUCAGAAUUUGCGGACGCCGAUGCCGUGUGCAACCUGAUCCUUUCGCUGGUUUAUUACUUCUGCAACCUCAUGCCGCUCUCCAGAGGCUCCAGCGUGGUGGCAUACUCGGUCAUGAUGGGGGCGGUAAUGGCCAGCGGGAAUGAGGUCAGCGGUCGGAUCCCUAAAGGAAAGCUGGUCGACUUUGAAGCCAUGACAACACCCAAUCCAGACAGUUUCAGUAAAAUAGCAAAAAGCUGGAUGCACUUUAAAAGUUUACCUUCUUGGUACCAGAAUCUGCCCUCUGUGGCUGAGACCUUCCCGACCAUCAGAUCCAUGAUCGAAGUCCUGAACGCAGACUCAUCGUCACAAUGUUCAAAGAAGUCUUAG